UGUUAAUGACAUAUAUCCGCCGUCGAAGUCGCUCUCGCUCUUCUAGUGCACUUAGUUUUACUGUACUGCUAACUGUGACAGCGCUGGAGAAAUGUCACUUCGCACAGCUGUUCGUCUUUUCGGUGCGCCCUUCAGGAGUGUUUUACAGCCCUGCGCUGCUAAUGCUAGAAGACCGUACGCGGCCGUGGCUCAAGCGCUGUCGGUGCUGGAAAACGAGCUGGACACUAUCCGGGCAGCGGGCACAUGGAAGGGGGAGCGAGUCAUCACGUCCAAGCAGGGACCUCAUAUCUCCGUGGACGGCAGCAGAGGCGACAUAUUGAAUUUCUGUGCAAAUAACUACCUGGGUUUAUCCAGUCAUCCGGAGGUGGUGAAGGCAGGAAUAGAUGCUCUGCAGAAGUAUGGCGCUGGCCUUAGUUCAGUUCGCUUCAUCUGUGGCACACAGAACAUCCACAAGAACCUGGAAGAGAAACUAGCCCAGUUUCAUGAAAGAGAAGACUGUAUUCUAUAUGCGAGCUGCUUUGAUGCCAAUGCUGGUCUGUUUGAGGUCCUGUUGGGUCCCGAUGAUGCAGUGGUGUCUGAUGAACUAAACCACGCCUCUAUUAUCGAUGGCAUUCGAUUGUGCCGUGCCAAGAGGUUCCGCUACAAACACAUGGACCUGAAUGACCUGGAAGAAAAGCUGAAAGAAUCACAGUCCUCUCGCCUGAGGCUGGUGGUCACAGACGGCGUGUUCUCCAUGGAUGGUGAUGUGGCUCCUCUGCAGGGUAUCUGUGAUCUAGCUGAGCAGUACAAUGCCUUGGUCUUCAUUGAUGAAUGUCAUGCCACAGGAUUCAUGGGUCCCCGUGGCCGGUGA